ACGACGCUCUCAGGGUCAUUGCGCUUUUGCAAUCCGUUUCUUUUUAUUCUAGGUUUAGAGAGUUGGAAAUGAGCACAAGAAACAUUACGCGUUUUUGGGAGUGGGGAAGGAAGAUAGUCUGCGUGGGGCGCAAUUACGCAGAACACGCCAAAGAGCUGAAGAACGAGCUGCCCACUGAGCCCGUGCUCUUCCUCAAGCCGCCCACCGCGUACGUGAAGGAGGGCAGUCCGAUCCUGGUGCCUCACUACUCCUCCAACCUGCACCAUGAGGUGGAGCUCGGCGUAGUGGUGGGCAGAGCGGGCAGAGAGAUCCCGCAGAUCUCCGCCAUGGAGCAUGUCGCCGGAUACGCGCUGUGUCUGGACAUGACCGCGCGGGACGCUCAGGACAAGUGCAAAGCCAAAGGGCUGCCCUGGACUCUCGCCAAAGCCUUCGACACGUCCUGUCCCGUGAGCGACUUCAUCCCGAAAGAGCGGAUCCCGGAUCCAGCCGCUGUGGAGCUGUGGCUCGAGGUGAACGCCGAGACGCGGCAGAGAGGCAGCACGGCGCAGAUGAUCUUCUCCGUGCCCUACCUGAUCAGCUACAUCAGCAGGGUCAUGGCGUUAGAGGAAGGAGAUCUCAUACUGACCGGGACUCCCAAAGGAGUCGGAGCCGUGCACGAGCACGAUGAGCUUCAGGCCGGUAUCGAGGGUGUCAUCAGCAUGACGUUUAAAGUCGGCAGACAGGCCUCAGGACACAGCUGACACGAGUCCAGUCAUCUCAUCGUCGAUGCUUUCGCUUUAUCUCACAAUUCGUGUUGAUUAAAAUGAUGAUGAAUAUACACUGAUCAUUAUAACAUCAUUACCACUUGCCUGUUAAGUAGGUCCCCACAGUAAAGACCCAUGUGUUCUGACCCCUUUCUAUUGGAACCAUAUAAUUUUGAUUCAUACACAUUCACAUUUCAUACAAACUUAAAUAAUACUUAAAAAAACUUAAAAAAUAGUCAAUUGUUCAAGGCUCUAUACAAAUAAAAUUCGAUUGAAUUUAAUUAACCUUGGCCGCCCAUGACCCUGUUGCUAGUUCACCGGUUUUCCUUUCUGCACAAGAGCUGCAGUUUUGGCCUUACUCUAACCCAGUUGUCCAGCCAUUACAAUCUGGUCCUUCUCACACUCGCUACAUUUUCAAUUUCUUUUGAAAACUAUUUUUUAGAGGUUAGGAGGUUAGGACAUCUAACAUCACUAGCAUUACCUUUUCUGGUCAGGAUAUCCCGUUGUCAUCAUCUGUUAUUAAAAUGGACUCUCUUUUGACGUAUGAGGCUCAUAGUAAACAUCUGUGUAAGACAUCUUUCUUUCACCUCAGGAACAUUGCUAAACUGCGUCCAGAAUUUACAUUUGCAGAUGCGGAAAAUUAGUCCGUGCGUUUGGCUCCUCCAGGCUGGACUUCUGCAAUGCACUCCUCAAAAAGCCUUUAAAAGCCGCUUUUUGCCCUGCACCACCUAGACUAUGGAAUGCUCUUCUAGAGUAUCAGAGGAUGCCACAGACUGUUGAUGAUUUUAAAUCUGGUUUUAAAAUUUAUCUUUUUAUCAAAGCUUUUGGGUUAAAAUAAUUUGAGACUUUAAGAUUUGUUUUAAAUACAAAGUGCAUUAUAAAUAAAAUGUAUUAUUAUUAUUAUUAUUAUUAUUACAAUGGCAGCUGUAAGUGAAAGGGGUAUAUUAGGCAGCAAGUGAACCUUCUUUUCCUGAAAUACAUGUGUUGGAAGCAGAAAAGAUGGGCAAGCAUAAGCAAUUGAGUGACUUGACAAAGGCCAAAUUGUGAUGGCUAGAGGACUGCAGAACUGCAGUUCUUGUAGGAUGUUCCUGGCCUGCACCAGGUCAGGACCAGUAAUCCAAGAAACGAAAACCGAUGAACUGGCGACAAAGUCAUGGGUGGUGAAGGCUUACUGAUGCACAUGAGAAGCGAAGUCUGAACCGUGUAGUCAGAUCCUAUUGAAGUGCUAGACCUGAUCAAACUGAUGAAAAAGUUAAUGCUGGUUGUGAAAGGUGUCAGAAAACACAGUGCAUCACUAUUAUGGUGGCAAAAGAGGGGACCUACUCAUGACCUUAGACCUAUGGCUGAUCGAUGAAAACUAAAUAGCCAAAAGUUCAUGGACACCUAUUCAUCACACCAGGAAGUUAUUGUUAUUCUUUCAACUGUUCGCAUUGAGACCAGCACUUGGAAGCAUACAGUUGUAUAGGAUGCCUUUGUAUGCUGUACCAUUUAGUUCCAUUCACUGGAACUAAAAGGCCCAAACCUGUUUCAGCAUGUCAGUGCUCAUAUUCACAAUGCAAGCUCUAAGAAGAUGCGAUUUUCCAAGGUUGGUGCAGAAGAACUUAAGUGUCCUGCACAGGGCCGUAACCUCAACCCCAGUGGACACCUUAGGGAUAAACUGGAUCAUCAGCUGCACCCCUGAUCUCCUCACCCGACCUUACUUAAUGCGUUGUUUCUGAAUAAGCACAAAUCUCUACAGCAACAUUUAAAAAUUAUGAGUUGUUAUAACUACAAGAGGCUGUCCACAAACUUUCGGCUAUAUUGGGUAUGAGUAAAUAUGCAAUCAAAGUAAAAAAGUUCAAUAUUUACGUUAUAAAUUAUCUGUAGAUUUAAAUAUAUUACAGCCUGUUAAGUACAAGCUGCAAUUGUAAAACAUAUCACAAAGUGCUUUAUUUGCACACUUAAAGAAAAGUGCUACAAUGUUCCACAAUACUGUUAUCUUACAAUAAUGUUAAUUUGGUUCUAUUAUAGAACACAAUCUAGAUUACUGUAAUUAAAUUCACAGUAAGGCAUUACAUCUUGAUGUUAUAACGAAGUACUAAAGCUCAAUGAAGUCAUUCCUGAAUAAGAGAUAAUUAAAGUAAA